UUGAACGAUCAUUCUCUUUUUCCCGUUGAUAUCUAUACAUUUAAUUGCACGAACAGAUUUAUUUGAUUAGCUAGGUCCGUUUUUACUCACAGUGUUGGCAAGCUUAGGAUGUCCUUACAAUCAAUAAAGUCUUCCUUGACUUUCAUUUCUGCAACCCAUUUACAGAAUGCAGAUACCUGUUUUUGUGUUUUCUCUUUCCCCCCUUUUAUUUCUCUCUGUCUCUUGCUUGUGCCUCCCUAAAUCAAGGUGCAAAGACGCCAAACAGUGAUGAAAUGAAAAGAAAGCCAAUUGCUGGACUGAGGUGGGGGAGAUAGCUGCUAGGAGUCCGCCUGCGACUAUGGAGCAGGCAGUAAUUGCUGGAGACAGGGAAAGCUGGGGGUUGGGCUGAGGUAGCCAUGUAUAAAUAGUGUGAUCUCAAAUUGAAAGGCAUAAAUAACAGCAGGAGUGAUCUAACCCUAUACAGCCCAUCUUCUACGUGCAAAAAAAGCGUGCAGAGGACGGCCAGAUCUCCUACUGAAAACAAGUGGAUCUCUGUGGAUAAGAUCACCGGGCAGUCAUGGAAGAACUUACAGCUUUUGUAUCCAAAUCUUUUGACCAGAAAAGCAAAGAGAGCAGCAGCAGUAGUAGCAGCAGCAACAAGAAGGAGACUAUCACGUACAGGGAAGUUUUGGAGAGUGGGUUGGCUCGAUCCAGGGAGCUUGGAAACUCGGACACUAACCUGCAGGACAUUACUGAGAGCAGCAACCAUUGCCCGGUGCAUCUUUUCAAAGACCACGUAGAGAGUGACAAGGACAAACUGAAAGAGUUCAGCACGGGCAGGACUUCGGAAGGGAUCUACGAGUGCAAAGAGAAAAGAGAAGACGUGAAGUCAGAGGACGAGGAUGGACAGACCAAGCUCAAGCAGAGGAGAAGCAGAACCAAUUUCACGCUAGAGCAGCUGAAUGAGCUGGAAAGACUUUUUGACGAGACUCACUAUCCAGAUGCCUUCAUGAGGGAGGAACUAAGCCAGAGGCUGGGGCUCUCCGAAGCUAGAGUUCAGGUCUGGUUCCAGAACAGGAGAGCGAAGUGCCGAAAGCAGGAGAAUCAGAUGCACAAAGGGGUGAUCCUGGGAACUGCCAGCCAUUUAGACGCCUGCCGAGUGGCCCCUUAUGUGAAUAUGGGAGCCCUGAGGAUGCCUUUCCAGCAGGUAGUCCAAGCGCAGCUGCAGCUGGAAGGCGUGGCCCACGCCCACCCGCACCUCCACCCGCACCUGGCGGCCCACGCGCCCUACCUGAUGUUCCCCCCGCCGCCCUUCGGACUCCCCAUCGCCUCUUUGGCCGAGUCCGCCUCCGCCGCCGCGGUGGUGGCCGCGGCUGCCAAGAGCAACAGCAAAAACUCCAGCAUCGCCGACCUGCGGCUUAAGGCCAGGAAACAUGCCGAGGCGCUGGGGCUCUGACACUGUCCGCCCGGGGGGGGGAGUGGGGCCAGGACUCCCGCUUCCCCCUCCGCACCGCCCCGACGGGACUCUCCCUAGGCCGGCUGGGGGUGGGGGAGCCAGGCUCGCUGGCUUUUGCAAGGACUCGUAAAGACGAUCGCUACAGCCUCCCACCCCCCAGUUUUGGCUGCCCCUUCGCGCUCCGAGCCUUCGCAUCCGCUCCGGCUCCUGUGAAGACGGAGGGGGUCCAGUUGCUUCCCCUCCUUUUGUAGUUUCCAGGCACCCUAGCGCUCCCUAGUUAAAACUGCUCCCCAGAUGCACUGCUAGGGCGAGCCCAUCCCGAAUCUGAGUGAAGAGUCAUCCGAUUACACGCACACAGCCACACACACACACACGCAACAGCAAAGACUUUCCGGAGGAUAACCUAGGUGGGGAACAAAAUCUUUAAAUUAUCCUAAUCUGCGAACAGUGGGACAGUUGGAUUUUUGAUCCUGGCCAAAGCGAUUCACAUCAGCGUGAGGUCAUCGGCUGCUGUCAGUUUUGCGACCAUGUGCAUGUGUGUAACGAAGCACAUUUUGAAGAUGGUAACCUCUCUGAUCGAAACAAAACAAACACAAAUAAUAAUUAAAAAAAAUCCGUGGGGCUGGUCUCCAUUAAAGAUGACAUUUCUUUGUUGCCAACAGUAUUAUUUCACUGCCAUGAAUAUCUUCCAUCGCUGAGGAGCUGCUGCUGCAGAACUGGUUUGAAUUUAUAUGUGGAAUUUCAGAUUUGAGGCAAGGCAGGUUUCUUUUUUAUUUUCAGAAAAAAAAGCAGCAAUAACAACAACAAAAAGUGUCUCUCUACUGGCUGAAAGUCUUUUGGAAAGAAGAAGAAAAAACUAGAGAAACAGACUAGAAUUUACUAGCCAGGAGUGGUGACUUGAAUGUUGGGAACAAUUCUGCUUUACCCAGAAUCACGUGAACUUCAGAUGCAUUGUGCCAUAGGAGCAGGUCGACUUUCUGAUUUUUUUUCUCCCUAAUGUCAGGAUUUUUUAAUUGAAAUCUUUCUGUUUUACAGGAUAUAGGAAGAAUGACUCGCACAACAAAGAUGGACAUAUGGUUUUAAGGCAUAAUACUGAUGCAGCAUUACUUCUAGUGAAAUGCAAUUAAGUGCAGUAAAGUGCAAUACUGUAAAUAUUAUAGAUUAAAAAUAGCCGUACAUUCUUAUUCUGUUAAUAAUCAGUUCUUCAAGAACCAUAAUUUAAGUCCUUUAUGCUCAGACUGGAUACAUUGCAGUUUAGUGCCAAAAUGACAGUCUGAGUUUUCUAGGAAUGGAUAAAAAUAUAUGUAUCACGUAUGGAAAAAGACAAAUGCUAUGAUUUCUAGUCAAGUCAAUGUGCCAUAUUUCUGAGAAGUAAGAUGAAAAGCCUGUAUGACAUUUUUUGCAAUCAUUUUAAGUAAAUACAAACAAACACACAAAAAAACAAGUAAAUGUUUUGUUGAGGUGGACAAGUUCAGUGUUUGCCAAUUUUUCUUUUUACGGGUUAUGUACACACCAGAACAAAGUUGUCUAAGCAGCACAGAGAGUCUAAACGGGGGAAAGUCCCUUGAAAUUAUAUUAACAAAGUGUCUAGGUUAACUAACCCCCAUGUUCUCAUUUGCUUUGUAAUUCUCUUCUAAUCAAUUUAUUAUGUUGUGAGUUUGAUUGUGAGAACAAAUACUGCUCUUGUCUACUUCUAACAAGAUAGCUCAUUUUUUUUGCCUUUGUUAUUGAGGCCUGCAUUGAUGGAAGUUUAUUCUCUCAAUACUAUUGCCAGUAAGCUUGUUUUUUCUCAAGUUGUAUUUAUCAUCUAGCAAUCCAUUACUAGUUUUGGCUUUUGUGAUAUUUAUCAAACCCAGAUAUUUCCACAGGGCAAAAAGUAAUGCAUUGCGUCUUUUCAGUUUGAGACAUUUGCAUUUCCCCCCAAUUUUGGUAUUUUUUGACAAGCACAUUUUCUGAAAUUUGUCAAAGUGCUGCCAUUUCCCACCUAUUUAUUAUGUGAAAAGUGGUUAUAUUUUGGAAAUGUUUGAUCUGAUAAAUUUUACUUGUCUUUCCUACGUCUUUGUGAAAGCCUAAUAUCUCUUUAAACCAAGGCGGCAAUGUUAAUAUAGCAUUAACCAUCAUAGAGGGAUGUGGAGAAUAAACACAGGCAAGUAACAAAAUUGGAACUAAGAGCAACCUUUAUCUGGAAGGUAUAAACUUUAUUUAUAGUAAUAAAUAUAAAUUGUAUACCUUCUAGAUAAAGUUUAGUCUUCUUUCAAAUAUUGUCAAUUAUCACAUUUUACACCUAAAAUAAUAAACACUCUCCCCAUAGCAACUCCAUAAUUUAAAACAUACAAACAGGGAAUAUUGCCAUAAGGAGCCACUAAAUUGAAAUGAAUAAGCAGUUAUAUUGGCUACCCACAAUACUUUGGGGUGCUGUGUUGCAUAAUGCUAAUAGCUAAAGGCUCAGUCCUGCAGCCUUUGCUCACUUGGAUAGAAACUCAUCCUGGUGCAGAGGGAUAGCACAAGCUUAUGUAUUGCUUCUGUUCAUUUAAGCCCUAUUUUGCAUGGUCCAUCAGCUGUGCUUUACACUUCUGUGCAGGAGUGAAUUUCACCCUCAGACAGUUCCAUUGACUUCAGAGAAACUUCUCAAAUGAGGAGUGGCUGCAGGAUUGGUCCUUGAGUGCCUUCAACCAUCUUAGAAAUGAAGUUGCCUGCUCGCCUGCACUUCUUGAAGCGUAUUACAUAAAAUAUGCACACUUGGAUAAGAAUUGCCUACUAAAAAGUAAACCUUUGCUGUUAUCCUGGAUACCAGCAGAGUAAGAACUUCCAUAUGCCAGUCAGGUGUCUCCUCUUUGUAAUUUAUUCCAGCAAUUUUUCUUUUAUUUAUACCAUAAAUACAUGAAAACAAACCCUCGGUAACUACAAAGUGGUCUGGGUCUGUGUUACUCUCUCUCUCUCUCUCUCUCUCUCUCUCUUUUGUUUUGUUUUUGUUUUUAGUUUUGUGUCGCUGAAAACUCGACUAGUUUCUUAAGACAUGUAAGUCCUCUCAGUGGCUAGUUCGGAUAUAUCUAAAC